GACGGGGAGAGGCCAACGGGGUCGAAGGUACCGUAGCACACGAAGAAGCGAUGAGCGAUGGAGUUGAUGGGGAUGGCGAUUGCUCCUUCGGUUUGCUGAGUGCGCGCGACGAUGUUGUCGUCGUUGGCGUCACCUCCCUCUCUCUCGUCCCACUUUCGGCCGAGGCUCGCCGGAUUGCUGGUGAGAUCAGCGGUUCAUCGAAUUUCAUCGAGAGCGUGUGAAAUCUAUGGCGGUCAGCGGCGGCGUGGUCACGAAAUUGAGGACCUCUGCGGCGGAAUUUCAAGCCGUCUUGCUGGUGGAGAAAUUCAGGAGCUUCGGAGAUGUGUUCCGUCUUGGAGCAGCAGAGUGGCAGCGAGACAUGUUUCUGCCUCUGCCUCUGGCGGAGCUGGUCUUAUCACGUCCCCUCGCUCCGGCAGUAGGAUGGACAUUGCUUCUAUCCCAGAGCCAGGCUUCACUCCUAUCCCAGAGCACUCUCCUUCUUCUGUUUACAUUCACAUUCCUUUCUGCCGUCGCCGGUGUUUCUACUGCGACUUCACCAUCGUUGCAGUGGGAGAAAGAACAAAUCAAACCAGUGAUCAUCAAGAUUCGGUGAUGGCGAACUACGUCGAUCUUGUAUGCAAGGAAAUCGCCUCGACUGCGCGCAAGAGGGGCAAUUGUAAUGAUCCUGCAUUAGAAACUGUAUUCUUCGGUGGAGGUACUCCGUCGCUGCUACCAGUUCCUCUGUUAGCGAGAAUCAUGAAUGAGCUGAGAGCCCACUUUCAGAUCUCAGAGACUGCGGAAAUUGCGAUGGAAAUGGAUCCCGGCACUUUCGAUCGGCAGAAGUUGGAGGGAUUUUUGGACUGCGGAAUCUCGCGUGUGUCCUUGGGCGUGCAGUCAUUUCAGGAUGAGCUUCUGAAAUCGUGUGGCAGGGCGCACGGACUGCAGCAAGUUCAUGAUGCUGUGAAGACCAUCCAUUCGACUGGUCUGCAAAAUUGGAGCAUCGAUUUAAUUGCUUCCUUACCAAACCAAACUCUGGACAAUUGGGAGCAGUCAUUGCAGCAGACUAUAGCUGCAAGGCCAGCGCACGUGUCUGUGUAUGAUCUGCAGAUUGAAGAGGGCACGCUGUUCAAUCGCUGGUAUAAAGCCGGCGAAAGUCCUCUUCCCAGUGACGAUAAGGCGGCCGAGUUUUACAGGACAGCGUCCUUGAGGCUCCGAGAGGCUGGCUACGAACACUAUGAAGUCAGCAAUUACGCGCGGCCCGGUUUUCAAUGUCGACACAAUCUCGUGUACUGGGAAAAUCGCCCAUACUUCGCAUUUGGAUUGGGCUCAACGAGCUAUGUCGAAGGGAGAAGAUUUUCCCGACCUAAGAAAAUGAGAGAGUACAAAAGCUACGUUGCGAGUUUAGAGCUCGCUUCGGAUUCGGAGGUGUCGAGUUCUGAUGACUACCCCGCGAACAGUGUAGAGGAUCAAAUUCUAGACACCAUUAUGUUGUCCCUGCGUUUAGCACGAGGAUUGAACCUUGAGAGCUUUGAAGCAUCGUUUGGCUCCUCUGUCACUUCGACUGUAUGUUCUAGGUUGAUACGAUUUAUAGAUAUUGGGCUCGUCGAGGCCUUAGAUGGCGAUUGCAGAUUGAUUCCAAGGGAUGUUUAUAAGAAAAUGUUCAGUGAAGGAGGAGGUGAGGACGAAUUGCACUCCUUCAAUUCUUCCAGUGAAGGUCUUGGCCCAAGAGUAGAAGAAGCAUGUACGUCUGAGAAGCCAGUGAGGAGUGUAUGUGCGAGCUCUGAGAAUAUGAAACGCUUUGAAACAUUUGAACGGAAACCUGCAUAUGUCCGCCUAACGGACCCUGAGGGAUUUCUGCUCUCUAAUGAAGUCAUAUCGUCCAUCUUCUCCGCCUUACCUAGCGGAGAACUCUAAAUUCUCGACCCAAUUUUGCAUCUCUGACCUU